AAUUGUAAUCGAUCUAUGCAUUUUUGGUAAAAUGAUAAGGAAAGAUUAAAGAUCGAAUUAUAAUUAAUUAAAUUACGUGUAAGAAUAUCUUGGUUCAUAAAAAGAACAAAGAUUUCACACCAAUAAUAAAUAUUAAUUGUAAAAAACAUUACCGGUUAAAACCAACGCUGUUAUACCAGCUUACAUCCUAAUAUUUUUAACAAAUGUUUGUAUCCUCAUUGCAAGACUUUAAAAAAAACUUUUAAAGUCUUUCCUUACCUAGAUCAAUGCAUAAUAACCUUAUUGAUGAGAAUUCGGUCUGUGCAUUUUCAACAGCUGGCAGUGACGUUGACAGUUGUUUUUGUUUUGUCACUGUCAGAUAUACAUUUGAUAAAAUUGUUGUUGUUUUUUAUUCUUUGUCUCGCACUUAAACUAGGGGUUCCAAAACCUAUAAAAAUGAAGAAUUUUCCAGUAUUUGUUUUCCCUGUGACAUUGGAAUUUUUUCUAAAUGCGAGGCACACUCACAAACAGUUAUUAACUGUUUACAAUCCAUACGACUUCUCCGUGAAUUUUAAAGUAUUGUGCACUUCCCCAAACAAGUUUACAGUAGUGGACCCAGAAGGUGUUAUAGCUCCACAAAAUUGUAUAGACAUUGUGGUGCGAUAUUCGCAAACCUCAACGUCGCGUGGUAAUACCACUGAGAAGUUUCGUAUUACAAUGUUCGACAGAAAUACUCAACAGGCAUUGGGUAAAAGAGAUAUUCCAACAAAAUUGAUAGAGGGUGAACCGUCAAACAUAAAUCCCGAAAGUAUGGGUGAUAGUUUUCAUCCACUAACUGGCAAAGCAGCCUCUUUGCGGACAGAAGAUCAUUCUAAAGUUACUUGUAAUCAUCCAUCACAACAUAGAGAACAGCAACCUAUCAACGUAGUAGCCGUUGCAGUCAGCAUAUGUUGCAUAGCUGCAUUGCUGUUACCCACACAACCCGAACAACAAACCAAAUCCCAAUGGCCCGAAUGGCUACACAUUGGCUCCAAUCUCAAGUUAGUGUUCUCAUUUGUCCUUGGAUUGGUUAGUAUGUUGGUUUUACGGCCAUGAAUUAACAAAAAAAUUUAUGUAUAUAUGUAAAUUGAUCAUUUGUUUAAGCUUAUUAAUUAAGCAGCUGAAAAAUUCUUGCAUUUGCACAAGUGUUGCGUGUGUAAUCACCUUGAGAAUGGCAACUUUGUUUAGGUAAUUUAAAGUACCUCAUUGAGCAAAUAUGUCCUGAAGUUAAAGUAUCUCACCAGAAACAGUGUCUAAAGCUGUUUCUAUGCACUCUUAAACACAUUAUUUGAAUGGGAGAGAUAAAUAUGGUUUCUACCUAAGAAAUUCUCAACAAAGAGCCACAAUUCGAUUGUUUAUCAGAUAGUGAUUAAAUCACAUAUUCUCAGGCUUCUAAAGCAAUAGUAACAUACUAAAUUAAUGUGCUAAAGUACUUCUUUAUACUAGAUGUAUGUAAGAACGGUUUUU